AUGCUAGGUCUCGAAUGCAUUUGGAUCGUUUCCAUCUGUGUAAUCCAAAAGGACGAGACCGACUGGGAAAAGGAGGCCACGCGCAUGUUUGAGUACUUUUCAAAUGCCCACGUGACACUGGGCUCUACCUUUGGCGUCGAUAGCACACGAGGCUUCCUCAGCGGGCGUCACAUUGAAGCCUCGACUCUGUGCCUGUUGGACAUGAUCUUUCGAGGCCGCCAAGCUGGGGCGUCUACGCCAAAACGCUACGUGGGCGAGGUGUCGCUGCUGCUAGACGUCUACGACACCAACCCAACCCCCCGUGUUUGCCUUACUUCGAUAAUGGGCCCUGCCCGCUGUUCUAGCGUGCUUGGACGUACCAAGAGCGACUUGGUCUCAUCGCGGCUGUUGCUGUUUACCCAGUAUCAGAUCCUGUAUGAGUGUUAUGCGCAACGGCACCUUUUGGGUCUAUGGGGUGACCCCGUGGCGCGCACGCUCAAGAGCGCCUACAAGCUCUUUGCCCCCACCCACCCGAGGAAGAAUAUCUAUGUGGACUGCGCAAGAGUCACCUGCACCCCUGCUACACCCGGGGCUCCUCCUACCUGGCGUCCUCGUGGUCCUGAGGCAUCGGUGCCGCGGCUGACAGAAUACGAUCGGCUCCUCUUUUUUUUUGCCGAGCGUGGACACUCCACCAUUACCUUCAAAGGUGAAGACUUGACGUUUACACAAGCCGGCCGCUUCGGCCGUGCUCUUGGGGGCUAUAUUGUGGUCCAGGGUCCGGUGCUUGACUGCAUAUUGCCUCUGACUUUGUACAAGGGCGAUGAUCUCGAUUGUUCCUUUGGUGGUGGUCAGGAAUUAUUACUACAAGACGGUAGAAAAAUUGCCAAUCUCAAGUUCCAGCCCGACUUUGAACGCGGCUACCAGGAGCUUGAAGCUGAUGACGGAUCGUCUACCGGUGACGUCAUCGUAUACUUGUUAUAA